UUUGCUUCCUUGACUGUAGGCCAUGGUGGCUUGUUACCCAGGCAAUGGAACAGGAUAUGUUCGCCAUGUUGAUAACCCAAAUGGAGAUGGAAGAUGUGUUACAUGUAUAUAUUAUCUUAAUAAAGACUGGGAUGCCAAGGUAAGUGGAGGCAUCCUUCGGAUAUUUCCAGAAGGUAAAGCCCAAUUUGCUGACAUUGAACCCAAAUUCGAUAGACUGCUAUUCUUCUGGUCUGAUCGCCGCAACCCUCAUGAAGUACAGCCAGCAUUUGCUACAAGGUACGCAAUAACAGUGUGGUAUUUUGAUGCAGAUGAAAGAGCACGAGCUAAAGUAAAAUAUCUAACAGGUGAAAAAGGUGUGAGGGUUGAACUUAAUAAACCUUCUGACUCGGUUGGGAAAGGCGUUUUAUAAGCCUUUGUUUUAGCCACUCCUCUUGCUAUUCUCCCUGAGAAACCUUGAUGCUAUCUAUUAACUUUUGAAUGUGAAUAACAAGGUAAAGGAAAAUCAACAACAAACCAACGUUUUAAUAAAGAAGCAUACAGUGUUUCCAUGUUGCAUCAAAUAGAAGAUUUUUUUGACUGCUGAAGCAUUGUACUAUGUGAUUGUCACUCCAGGCCUGUGACUGCUUAUGUGAAGAAGAUAAGCAAUCAGUAAGGAACAACAUAUGCAUCUGGACAUAAACAAGUGCCCUACAUAGAAUUUGUUCAUCCUUAUAUUUUGCCAGACCUGUCAUCCAGCUGAAUCAAAUUCAUCACUCCUUUUUUUAUAUGGUAAAAGUUUGAAUUUUGGGUAAUUUUUGUAUGACCAGGUACAGUUUAUCAAAAUUGA